CUGUCAGAAGGAAAAUUCUCCCGACCGAUGGAAGUUUUCUCACACACAGUAGUUGUUCUUCUUCGAUUAAAUUCUUAAUUUUUAUCAUUAUAUUUUUUGUUUCCUGUGCGUUUGCGUUUUUAUUAAAAAACAAAUAUAAGUUUAUCAUAUUCUAAAAACGAACACAAGUUAAACAAGACAACUAAAGUGCUAUUUCUUUCAUCACAAAUAUAUAUUUCCAUCAAUUCUAAAACACAGAGAUUAUUUUUGUUCUCACGAAAUAAAAAGAAAAUAAUAAAAUACCAAAAUGAAGUAAAAAGCAAAAACAACAAAAAAAAGAAAAAUAAAGAAAAGAGAUUGAGAUUUUGACGUUCAUUGUUUCACUGAACUUCCAUCAGAGACCAGACCGAUACCGAGACCGAGACCACAAAAAGAAUCAACCAAGAACCAAGAACAAAAAAAAAGAAGAAGAAGAGAAGAAAACACCGCCACCGUCGUCGUUGUCGUCGUCGUCGCCGCCGCUCGUUGUUACCACCGCAUUCGGAAUCAGAAUUCAGAUUUUAGAAUUGCAGAAUUUUUAAAAAAUCGGAAUCUUUCUCUCACCUCAAAAUCAUCUCGAUCACAUUUUACUCUAAAAAUAAUUAAAAUAAAAUACAUUUCUUACAUCUUCUGCUUCUCUCUUAGUUUAUUCUAUACAUCUUCUAUACUAUAACACACACUGACUGCACUAUGUUCUAUAUAUAGUCCAUUUGACCAUUAAUAAUAAAUUAAUUAUCAAAAAAUCAUACUCUCACUUGUACAUCGCCUCUCGAAACACAUAAAAAAACAAAAAGAAAACCAUAAUCCAUUAUGUCUUCCAAGAGCGAACUAAAGAAGCUGUCCGAGGAGAGUCUCCUCCAGCCGCCCGAGAAAGUGUUUGAUAUUAUUUGCAAGCUGGGCGAGGGAAGCUACGGUUCGGUUUACAAGGCUCUCCACAAGGAGAGCAGCUCAAUUGUGGCCAUCAAAUUGGUGCCAGUGGAGUCGGAUCUCCACGAAAUCAUAAAAGAAAUCUCAAUCAUGCAACAAUGUGAUUCACCCUAUGUGGUGCGAUAUUACGGAAGCUAUUUCAAGCAAUACGAUCUUUGGAUCUGCAUGGAGUACUGCGGCGCGGGUAGUGUGUCGGACAUCAUGCGUCUGAGGAAGAAGACUCUGUCGGAGGACGAGAUUGCGACGAUCCUGAGUGACACGCUCAAGGGACUCGAGUAUCUUCAUCUGAGGAGGAAGAUCCAUCGGGAUAUCAAGGCAGGGAAUAUAUUGCUCAAUACAGAAGGCUACGCCAAGCUGGCUGACUUCGGGGUCGCCGGCCAACUCACAGACACAAUGGCCAAGCGGAACACAGUGAUUGGCACGCCCUUUUGGAUGGCUCCCGAGGUCAUCGAGGAGAUUGGCUACGAUUGUGUGGCCGAUAUUUGGUCGCUGGGCAUAACAGCCCUCGAAAUGGCUGAAGGAAAGCCUCCAUACGGGGAUAUCCAUCCGAUGAGGGCGAUUUUCAUGAUUCCCCAGAAGCCGCCACCAUCGUUCAGGGAGCCAGAUCGCUGGAGUACCGAGUUCAUUGACUUUGCCACGGUGUGUCUGGUAAAGAAUCCCGAGGAGAGAGCCACAGCGACAGAUCUGCUCAAGCACGAGUACAUCCAAAAUGCCAAAAACCGUUCCAUCCUCAAGCAAAUGAUCGAGGAGGCGUGCGAUGUUAGAGAAAAUCAGAGAAUAAGCCGGCCGGCAGGCAUGAGCCAGGCCAAGAGUCUACUGACCCAACAGGACGAGGAGGAUGAGGAACAAGCUGCCAUCAAUUCGGCAACUAUCAAAGAGUUCCCCGAGGAUGCUGGCACUCUGGUGCCUGGUGGGAAGAAUGACCCGCGUCCACGUGGUCCACGGGCCGAUGGCAGCACAUUGGUGCCAGAUUCCGGCACUCUCGUCGAGUUGGAAUCGAAUCUGGGAACGAUGGUCAUAAACAGCGACUCGGAGGAUUCGACAAUGAAGAAACACGACACGAAUCCCGAGAUUCCCAAGUACAGGCCUCAGUUCUUGGAGCACUUCGACCGCAAGAGCACAGACGUCGCAGGUAAGCCGGCUGCCAAGAAGGCCGACGCCGAGAUAGAAGCUCAACACGACCAACCUCCACAUCAGCAGCAACAACAGCCAUGGCCGCCGCAGGCGCAACAACACCAACAGCAGCAACAAGCCAUGGAAAUGCAAUUGAACCAAAUCUCAGCCAUCAAUCAGUUCGGAAUGCAACAACACAUGUAUCAUGCUGCAGCAGCUGCUGCCGCAGCCGCGGCCGCCGCCGUACCCUCAGCACCCCCUCAUCCUAUGCUCGACGCUGUCCACCAUCAACGGCAACAGCAACAACAGCAGAACAACAACAACAAAAUGAAUCAUCAUCAUCAUCAUUACAACAACUUCGUCGAUGGAGAAUUCGAGUUUUUGAAGUUCUUAACAUUUGACGAUCUGAAUCAACGAUUGAACAACAUUGACUCAGAAAUGGAGAGAGAAAUUGAAGAGUUGAAUCGGAAAUACAAUGCCAAACGGCAGCCGAUAGUCGAUGCCAUGAAUGCGAAACGGAAACGCCAACAGAACAUAAAUAAUAAUCUGAUUAAGAUUUGAAAAAUUAAAUUUAAAAAAACAUUACAUAACUGUAUUAUGUCCGACUCUAGGGUUUUUUUUUUGAAUAAGAAUUUUAUAAUAUAGAAGAGUGGGAAUUUAUAAACCAAGUUUUUUCUGUUUUCUUUUGUAAUAAUAUUAAAAGAUUGGUUAUGAAUUACGAUAUACAAAAAAUAUUGAUAACUGACAAACAAAAUAAAAAAUAUAACACUAAGAUGAGAGCGAUUAAGUUAAAUAAAUAAAAAACAGAAUGCACUUAUAUACACUA